CCUUGUUGUCACAACUUUGGAAGCCAAAGAAUAUGGGCAGAUCCCCUUGCUGUGAGAAGGUUGGCUUGAAGAAGGGGCCAUGGACGCCAGAGGAGGACCAGAAGUUGCUUUCCUACAUUGAGGAGCAUGGCCAUGGAAGCUGGAGAGCAUUGCCAGCCAAAGCUGGGCUUCAAAGAUGUGGGAAAAGCUGCAGGCUCAGGUGGACAAAUUACCUCAGACCAGAUAUCAAGAGGGGGAAGUUUAGUAUGCAGGAAGAACAGACCAUCAUCCAGCUUCAUGCUCUGCUUGGUAACAGAUGGUCCGCAAUUGCGACACACCUUCCCAAGAGAACGGAUAAUGAGAUCAAGAAUUACUGGAACACACAUUUAAAGAAGCAGCUAGCAAAGAUGGGGAUCGACCCAGUGACACAUAAACCCAAGAGUGAUGCCCUUGCCUCCGCCGACGGCCAUGCAAGGAGCACUGCAAAUCUCAACCACAUGGCCCAAUGGGAGAGUGCCCGCCUUGAGGCUGAGGCUCGCCUCGUACGUGAGUCCAAGCUCCGCAGCAGUGCUCCUCCCUCGAACUUUCCUCCACAAAAUUCACCUUCACCACCACCUCCUGUCGCCAUGCCAACAGUAGCAUCUCCCUCUCUUGACGCGCUCCGAGCUUGGCAAGGUGUGUGGCCCAAGCCUGCAGCCAAUAGCCUAGUAAGCAGCCACAUCAUUGAUCUUGAGUCGCCAACCUCCACUCUGAGCUUCUCAGAGAACACUUUGCCACCAAGAAUCCAAGGCAUGGGGACUGCAGAUGGCAGCAAUAGAAAGGAGGAAGACUGGAAAUGUCUGAGGAGGCCAGGCUUCUCACUGGACACAGAAGACGCUUUUGCUAAUGUAGAAGCAACUUCAUGGCUUACAGGAUCCUGCAGUGGAGGAUUUGCAGCCGGCUUUACUGGAAUGCUAAUAGGUAACACUAAUAAGCAGAACGCAACAGAAGGUUGCGAUGAUUCUGACAAUGCAGGCGGCAGCUGUGUGGAUGUGGAAGAAGGUGAGGGUGAAGGGGAAGAGAACAAGAACUACUGGAACAGCAUACUCAAUUUGGUCAAUUCAUCAUCUCCCUCAAAUUCACCACCAGCUGUGUUCUAGUAAAUCUGAAAUUCAGUACCAAAGUUCCAAGGUGUGAUUUCCAUUCCACUUUAAGUCACCCUUUCUUUCAAUCCCUUCAGUUUCUGCUAUUUUCAAAAAAAUUGUUCAGCGUGGCAGCUAGAUGAGUCGAGUCACAGCCAACUUCCUGUUCAUCCUGAAAAGAAGAGAUUUAACUGAAGCUCUUGAGUCGACUCACUUAUCAUCCCUCUGUUUUUACUUGGUAAAUCUAGGAGCAAAUCUGGAGAAAAUGAAUGAUCAAGGAAGUCUGAAAAAAAUGAAGGAAAAAAAGGGAAUUAAAUAGGCUAUUUUUAGUUCUGACUUGCUCUACUGUGAAGAAUUAUACAUAUAUGUUAACAUGUAUUGUCAUGAUAAUAAUAAUUGCAGUACUUUUAUUGCUAUGA